CGCCCGCGCCGCCCCGCCGCCAGCAUGCCCCGAGCCGCGCUGCCCGCGCUCCUCCUGCCGCUGCUGGGUCUCAGCACCGCCGCGCUCGCGGCACAGGUAUUAAUGUGUUAUCAAAGUUGCCCUGUGGCAGACUGUCCUUCAUCCACCUGGAUUCAGUUUCAAAACAACUGUUACAUUUUUCUUGAAGAAGCCAUCAAAGUAGAAAGCAUAGAAGAUGUCAGAAAUCAAUGUACAGGCCAUGGAGCAGACAUGAUAAGCAUACAUACUGAAGAAGAAAAUGCUUUUAUACUAAACACUUUGAAACAACAAUGGAAUGGCCCAGAGGAUGUCCUCCUGGGCAUGUUUUAUGACACAGAUGAUGCAAGUUUCAAAUGGUUUGACAACUCAAAUAUGACAUUUGAUAAAUGGGCAGAGGAGGAAGAUGGUGAGGAUCUAGUUGACACUUGUGGUUUUCUGUACACUAAGACUGGUGAAUGGAAAAAAGGAAAUUGUGAAAUUUCUUCUGUGGAAGGCACACUUUGUAAAGCAGCAAUCCCAUUUGACAAGAAGUAUUUGUCAGAUAAUCAUAUUUUAAUAUCAACUUUAGUGAUUGCUAGCACAGUAACUCUGACAGUUUUGGGAGCGAUCAUUUGGUUCUUCUACAAAAGAAACUCUGGUUCUGGUUUCACCACAGUUUUUUCAACUGCACCCCAAUCACCUUAUAACGACGAUUGUGUUUUGGUUGUUGCUGAAGAAAAUUGUGUUCAAUUUGACUAAACUUCUGAUACUCUGAGACCAAUACAUCUAAUACUGAUGGUGAAUCCUGUGUAAUAUUUGAAUAUAAAAUGAAAGAAAAUAAUGUAUGGUAGUGAUCAUUCUGGUAACAUUAUUUAUGCACUCAUGAUAAAAACCAAUCUGGUUCAGCCCUU